AAUGCCUCCCGUUCGGCGGCCGUCCUGGGACCGAGUCGGUCGUCACGUACGAGUGGGACGUUAAGGGUGAAGGCUGCGGACUUGCUGGCCGGCCGCUCGAAAAGCGGCUUUAGUUUUCUCGCCCGGACGAUGGCGGCGGGGACUUCUUCCUCUUGUCGAAUUGGGUUGCAGCCGCUCAAGGCCACCUUCCCCUUCCAGUUGCAGUCCCGGCGGAGCGGAGAUGGAGGCCGAGCAGCUAGUGUUCCAUGUGCUGCUGGCCCUGCUGAAAAGGCCUAUCGGAACAGACCUCCCAGAGUACGGCGCACUUCAUCAUUAGAUACCAUCCUUGGAUCAUAUCUUAUGGGCCAGUGGCCUCGGGAUGCUGAAGGAGUUCUCUUGCCACAUAUGAGUGACAAAUCUACCCAGGUACUGGGGCUAUGCUUCAACUCACAGAAGGAUCAUACAACAUGGGAGCAGACUCCAGUAUCCUGGCAUGAAUCAGAGGUGGGAAAAGUUGCAGCUCAUAAGCGAUCUGCCUCAUGGAAUAGUGUGGAUCAUCGUAGAGAGAUUGCUAAACUGAAACAACAGCUCCAGCGAACAAAGCUUGGUGCUUGGAAUGGCAAAGAGAAAGACCAGAAUGCUCCCAUUCAAGCCAAUCAUAGUGUGGUUCCAUCAGCCAAGGCUUUCCCACCUGCAUCGUUUCCAGUCCUGACCACUGUAUCGAUCACCCCCUGUUUGCACAACAGUUUCGACGGUAUCAAUCAGGAAUUGGAAGAGGUGUUUGUAAAGGAGCAAGGAGACGAGGAACUCCUCAGAAUCUUGGAUGUCCCAGAUGGGCACAGAGCCCCAGCCCCUCUCCAGAGAGGCACUGGGGAUUCCUUGUUGCCACGGCUGGAAAACAGCAGUAGCAGCUGCAGCAGCCUUUCUCUUUCUCCAUCCCCUUCAGCUGCUUUUGGACAAUCUCCACAUACUCCUGCCCGAAUAACAACUGAUGAAGUUUUGCCUGGGGCUUUGGACAAGCCAGUGUUGGAGGCCAAAGGAAGAGAAAAUGGCAGCACUUCUCCAGUCUUUGCCUUUGCCCUGUCUCCUCGUCCCAACCACACCUAUGUGUUCAAGCGGGAGCCUCCAGAGGGGUGUGAAAAAAUCCAUGCUUUCGAGGAAGUGGUGCCUGGUCAGCCUGUCCUGCCCUCUUGUCCUGAUAAGAACAAAGUCCACUUCAAUCCAACUGGCUCUGCCUUUUGCCAGUUUAGCCUGGUGAAACCUCUGAUUCCCAAUGUAGACUUCCUGUUCAGAGACUUCUCUUCCUCUCCCAGCCCAAUGCCACCAGGCACGUUCUCCUCUUGCCAAGCCACUACCACUGUCCCCAUCCUCACUUUACAGAAAGACUUGAGAGGAGACAACUUCAGUGAAAAACCAAAAUCUCCUUCAUUGGGCUUGGAGUCCUGGAAACGGCACCAGCCUGAAGACACUGUCCUCUUCCAUAGUUCCCUGGUUGUCUGAAGCUCAGGGAGUGGAGCAGAGGCAAAAUGAAUCCAUGGUCCUUCCAAGGCCUGUAGAGAAAAGUGCCUUGAUACUGGGAAGCUGAAUGAUCCCAGCAACAGCCUUAACAUAAAGAUUGCUAUUGGACUCCUUUCAGCCACAGUAGUCUUGGUACUCCCAGUACUUAAAGCACUUCCUUUCCUUAAGUCUGUCGAUGUUUUUCUGCUACUCCAGUAUCCAAAGAGCACCUAGUCUUCUCUGUUGGAAUACACGCACAGUUAAUUACCAGGAUUGUCUUUCUCUCUGCUUGCUGUGUGAGGCAGGAGCUCAUUGAUAGUGUUUUAAUGUUCCUAGAGAUGUUUCUCAAGGUUUCUACAGAAUAGAGAGUAUGAAUAUAAGAUGCCAGGACUUGUGUAUGCUGAUUGAACAGUUGAUGUCACUGGGUAAAAACUGAGCAGGGUAAUGUUUCAUGGGGUGCCAAGUCUGCAUUACCUUGUUAAGAUUCUUUUCAUACUCUGCUCUGCACUGUAUGGCACUCACAUCACUGGAACACAAUCAGCUAAAUGCUUGAAGUGUUUUCUUUCCUAAUGAUUAUGCCACACCAGAUAGUUGACUAAGUAAGAUACUCAAAUUGUGUGUCUUAGAGAGAAAGAUCUUGAUUCCCUUCGUAAGAAGGAACAGCAAAGGAGGAGUGUCCUGUCUGCAGUUUUUCCAGGUGGACCUCCUGAAAUCACUUCUUUCAACAGAACUUUGCAGAAUGAGAUUGAAACCCAAGCCAUUCUGGAGGGAUGCAGCUGUCAGUGGAAGUAAUAUAUGCUAUUUUUCUUUAUUAUAAUAAAUUGGACUGGUGGAUUGCAUCUUGACACUACAACUGUUCUAGCCAUGAGCUGGAUGAAUCCGCUCAGCUUUAUCCCCACUUUUAAUGCACAGAAGACUCCAAAGAUCCUAUGUUCACUUACACUUUCAUCCUAUAUGUCCCUCAGUGGAAAGGCCUUAAACCUGGUGAUGCCUUGAUUGCAAAGUGUACUAGAAAGUCAUUUUUGUUGUUGUUGUUAGGUUUCUGGGUUGUAUUAGGAGGGUUUCAUGAAAUUGAGAGAGAAACUAUAUUUUCUUUUGAAGACAGUAUUUUUGCAGCUACUUUUGAAGUUUUUGUAAAUUUUAAUGUACACACCACAAAAAGCUUAAUGAAACAAUCUUAGCCUCAGAGGUUCAUUGCAUCUUGAGUUGAAAGAGUUUUGCAGAUUCUUGGUGUUUAAACCAAUUAAAAGAACGAUAAAAAUG